AUAUAGCGCUACUAUUAAAUGGCGAAGUGUAGUGAUCGUACUAUCCGCGAAGUCAGACAGUGAUCGAGUCGUGGCACGGUCCGACACACUGUUUCCUAUCGAGCGCAAUAAUCGGGUAAUAAUCGGAAAAAAUGCGGGAAUGCAUAUCCAUUCACAUCGGGCAAGCGGGCGUGCAAAUGGGAAACGCCUGUUGGGAGCUCUAUUGUCUGGAGCACGGUAUCCAUCCAGACGGGCAGAUGCCCAGCGAUACUACCGUGGGCUCCGGAGACGAUUCCUUUAACGCGUUCUUCUCCGAGACAGGUUCAGGGAAGCAUGUCCCGCGAGCGGUUUUGAUCGAUCUCGAGCCAACGGUGGUAGACGAGGUACGUACGGGCACUUACAAGCAAUUGUUUCAUCCGGAACAAAUGAUCACCGGCAAGGAGGAUGCGGCUAAUAAUUAUGCCAGGGGUCAUUACACAAUAGGGAAAGAGAUCAUAGAUCUCACUUUGGACAGACUACGCAGACUAACGGAGCAGUGCAAAGGCUUGCAGGGCUUCUUAAUCUUCCAUUCGUUCGGCGGUGGUACGGGAUCCGGAUUCUCGAGUCUGCUAAUGGAACAACUGUCCGCCGAUUAUCCGAAGAAAAGUAAACUGACCUUCAGUAUUUAUCCGGCGCCAGAGGUAUCGACUGCAGUGGUGGAGCCGUACAACGCAAUUCUGUACACUCAUCCGACAUUGGAGCACAGCGAGGUGGCUUUCAUUGUAGACAAUCAGGCCAUUUUUGAGCUAUGCAGAAGGAACCUAAAUAUCGAUCGACCGACCUAUACAAAUCUGAAUCGGCUGAUUGGACAAAUAGUGUCAUCCAUCACCGCCAGCUUACGAUUCGACGGAGCCCUGAAUGUCGACCUCACCGAAUUCCAGACGAAUCUCGUGCCCUAUCCACGUAUCCACUUUCCGCUCGCGACGUAUGCUCCUGUUAUGUCAGCGGAGAAGGCCGGGCAUGAGAGAGUGACCGUCGCGGAGAUAACAAACUCCUGCUUCGAUCCGACUCACCAAAUGGUGAAUUGCGAUCCGCGCUUGGGGAAGUACAUGGCGGUAUGUUUGCUGUACAGAGGCGAUGUGGUACCCAAGGACGUGAACGCGGCGAUCGCGAUGCUAAAACGGCAGAAGCACGUGCAAUUCGUGGAAUGGUGCCCGACGGGAUUCAAGGUGGGAAUAAAUUAUCAACCACCCACCGUCGUACCGGGUGCGGAUCUCGCGCGGGUGGAAAGAGCGGUAUGCUGCCUGUGCAACACGACGGCGAUUGUGGACGCAUGGGCCCGACUAGAUCGUAAAUUCGACCUCAUGUACGCCAAGCGAGCUUUCGUGCACUGGUUUGUCGGGGAAGGCAUGGAGGAGGGUGAGUUCUCCGAAGCCCGGGAGGAUCUGGCCGCCUUGGAGCUCGACUAUCGCGAGGUGCAGGAAGACACCGUCAACACCGAGGAAGAGGAGGAAUACUGAGCUCGCUAUAAAAGAUUAAUGCUAAUAUAUGUCGCAAUACGCUUUACCAUUAUAUAUCCUA